GCGCGUCUUGGAUGGUGGGCAAAGGUGGAGGAGGGAAAAGGCGUGCGUGGAUUUCUGCAACAGGUGCAGCGGCUGCAAAACAAAUCUCAUUUGGUGAGAACCAAGCCGACGGACCGAACGCCUCUCUCAAGUUACGCACAUGGAGGUGCUGAUUAUUGCAUUUCUCGCCUUGGCGGCUACAUCAACGGCUGCCCCCGUUGAACCUGAGGCGAGCGUCAGGGUUUCGUUUGUCUCGCCUCCACAUUCAUAUUCGCACGGACUCGAUUUGAUGCCGGCUUCCACCCAAUACCUGACCGCUCACGAUUCUCAACUGCAAAACGUGCAAAUGAUCCACUCUGAUCCUGACCCAGUGCCCGCUGUCUUAUCUGGAGCAGAGCUGGACGCGUUUGCCGCUUCCUUCAUGAGCAACGAGCCCCGCUUCUUCCACCAAUUCCCUCACGAGCGCUCCUUGCUAGCCAACGUCGAAUUGCGCGCGAGCCAAAACCUCCCUCCCUUGAGAAUCGGCUCCAUCAGACCGGGAUCACCCUUCAUCCGUGCAUAACGUGCCAAAACUUGUAUCAUAGAUUUACGGGGGUUACGGGAGUUGUAAUUUAUUUUAAGUCGAGGGCUAUGUGAAAUAUGGUUUUAUUAUUAAAUUUGCAAUCACAAAUCUAACUCAGCUGAAUGCGGCUGUUGUACAACAACGCCCCACGCAAAAUUGUCCAACACAUUAAAUGCUAAAGCUGCUUUUAGUAGUAUUUACAGUCUUCUGUGUUCACGUUCAGUGAAUAUGAGAGUCAAGGUAAGCUCUUAAAGUUAGCAAGGAUAGUUAAGAACGAUUUUGACUCGCUUCAAAUUACCACGGCACACAAUUUUUCCGAAAAAAAAUCUUGUGCAAGUUUGAUUGCAUAGAAACCAAGCUAUAAAAAUACUUCGUUCGAGAGAGAAAAAUAUAGCUAAUUCGUUAUUUACAAUGAGAGAUUUUCGUCCGAGGGCAAAGAAAUGUCCAAGAGGCAGUACCUCAAUUGUUAGUCAGGCUCUUGAUUGAAGCACUCCCCUCUUGAAGAUUUCUUUGGCUGUAUCCUAGAAGCGCUCUUUCGACGUCAUGUGGCCGUCUGGGUCAGUGAUGAACUGCAUUUCCUGGAAGUCUUGGAACUUCUCCUGGUCUCGGAUGUGUGCAUAGUUGGCAGACAAGCACAUCAAGUAGUGAAUCUGUCAAAGUUGAUUAAAAUAUAAGAAUAAAAAUGG